AUGCUUUCUACUGAAAGCUCCGAAGGACACCCACCGGCUUUGCAGCCAGAUCCCAGAGAAACGCCCUCUCCUGUGGUCGUGGAAGUUGAAGCAGAUGCAACUACCUCUCUCAGUCGAACCGUGGCAAUCAAUGCUUCACUUACCUGCAUUACUGGUAUUGGAAAUCUGCUCGCUGGUCUACUCACUGUAUGCAUCCCGGUGAUUUCAAAAGACUUGCAUAUCCCGCCAGAUCUACAGCUUUGGCCCGCCUCCGCUUUCGCGCUCGCCUGCGGCUGCUUGCUACUCCCAUGCGGUGCGGUUGCUGAUGUACUUGGCUGCCGGCGCUCCUGCUUACUUGGCGGGCUGCUUCAGACCGCAAGCGCACUUGGUGCAGGCCUUGCAUCCACAUCGACCCAACUUAUUGCAUUACGAGUCACCGGGGGUCUCGCCGCAUCAUUCUGUCUUCCUGGAGCCAUCGGCGCCGCUGGACAUAUAUUUCCUGCCAGCAGCAGCCCACGCCGCCGUAGUAUCGCAUUUGCUGCUAUGGGUGGUGGCCAGGCUGUCGGGUUUGGACUGGGCUUGGUGCUGGGAGGUGUGUUUUCUGAUACAAUCGGCUGGCGUUGGGGCUUUUAUGCCACGGCUGUACUCAAUGCUGCUGUACUUGCCUUGGCGGUAUGGGCACUCCCACCCACUAUAGAUGGUAUUUUAGAGAAGGCUUCCUUCUCUCGUCUUGUGCAUGACAUUGACUGGGUCGGCGCAUUACUCAUUAGCACAUGUCUUGCACUCCUCUCUUACGAGCUGGCUGUAGCAACGGGAUCAAAUGCAAAUCAAAGUAUGCGUGAACCUUUAAAUAUUACCCUGCUAUGCAUAGCAGUAGCACUUCUACCGGCAUUUGCCCUUUGGAUGCAUCGUCAGUCCCGGUUGUCUCGUCCCACCUUGAUUCCAAACGCUCUAUGGACGAACCUACCAUUUACAUCCAUGUGCGUUACUGUAUUCCUUGUCUGGGGUACUCUGAAUGCCAGCGAACAGCUCGCGGCCCUAUACUUCGAAGAUGUUUUGGGCAAGUCCACUCUCACAGCAUCUCUCUACUUCUUACCUGCCCCGAUAUGCGGCUUAUUGAUGAACAUUGCCAUUGGAGCCUUCCUUCCACACCUGUGGCCAUCUAUAGCGGUCCCUGCAACCUGCUUUUUGAGUGGUAUCGCCCCAUUAUUACUAGCAAGCUUGUGCCACAUUGAUGGGCCGGACUAUUGGCGCGGUCCUUUCCAGGCAAUGGCCCUUAACCCCAUCGGCGCGGACCUUAUGUAUACGAUCGCUAUUCUAGUGAUGACAGCUGCAUUUCCACCCCAAAAACAAGCCCUAGCAGGUGGAGUCUUUAACAUGCUAUCGCAAAUUGGCAAGAGCGUGGGGAUCGCCACAUCGGCGUUAAUUGCGCGACAGAUCACCUCUCAGGUGGGGAAACCGGAUAAUCUGGAGAGUCUGUUACUCGGGUAUAAAGCCGGUUGGUGGUAUAAUUGUUCCUUAGGGUUCUUAUCGGUGAUUGUGAGUUUCUGA